AUGAUGACAUGCGUACGGCGUGAUCGAGCAAUAUGGUUUUUUCUUCUAGUAUCGUCCGUCCUCUCUUCACUACCCUACUUCGGCCAUCCUCCCUACGCUAGACUCCUGGCCUCUGCUCAGCCAAUCAUAAGUCAGGUUGUAGCCGGCACAGACGGCAACUUCGCUGUGCAGAUUACGGUGCGAGAUGUAGCUGGGGCUGUAGAAGCUGACGUGGCAGACCUGCGGCUCGUGUGGGCCAACGGCACGGCCAUCUGGGAGGGCAAGGAGUAUGGAGACAGGUGGCAGCUUAGUCCAGGUGUCACGAUCACGCUGUGCCACGGUGGCGGGUCGCUCAUCUUGGAACGACUAUGCGACAUCGUAGUCGAGUCGCUUCGUUUCGGCCCCUUUGUGUCGUUCAACCUGCUCUGGCAACCGCCGGAUCGAGCCCCCACCAGAGACAUCUUUGGUCGAGCAGCUAUCCGGACCAAAGCCUCUCCCGGCGGGGCCGCCGUCGCCGCCGCCACAGGCGGCGAAAGCUCGCGUCUCCUGUGGUGGGGCAUCGACUCAAAGUCGGAGAGCAGCAACCGCGGCCGAACCGCGGUGCGCGCCGCGCACGCCGCGACGCCCAUGGUCAACUGGACGGCGCCGGAGCGCGACUGGACGCUACUCCCCGCGAACCUGAUGCUCUCAGGCGGCGUGGUUCUUAAUCUCGCCGACUGUUCCGCCGCCGGAUGCGCUAAGCUGCCGGCGUUCCCGCUGUCCCCGUGCGGCCCCACCGGCCCCGCCGCUUCCCCCGUGGACUCGAGCCGCACCAUGAGCUUCGGCCUCUGGUCCUUCGACUCUCGCCCCAUGCCUUGCAGAGCCGCGUGUCCCACGCUUGAGACCUUGCUGAAGCGCGGCUCGCCCUUCAUCCGGAAAUCACGCGUGCACGUGUGGGCGCUGACCGGGCUAACGGACUGCGGCACGGUGCAGCGCCUAGCGAAUCAAGCCAGCAGCGCAACCUUCCCAAGAUUCGGCCGCUACCGCGCGUACCAAGUGGCGGAGCAGCCCGCGCCCGCGCGCCUGAACGAGUCGUGGCGCUCGCUGCCGCUCGCGCUGAUGGCGCUGCACGCGCCGCUCGGCGCGCUGCCGCUGCAGAGCACGGUGGAGGCGGAGCGCUACCCGAUCCCCGACUCCGCGUGCGGGCUGCCCGCGGGGCAGGCGGGGAAGACCCCCCCGCCGACGCACUUCGUGUCGCACUUCUCAGUGGCAGGGGUGCGGUUCGCAGUGGUGGGCGUGUACAUGCUGCUGGGAGUGUCCUUCCGGGGCAGCUUACCGUGCGCAAUCAGGGAGGCGCAGGCAGUGGCCAUGGCGCGCGUGGUGCGCCGGCUGCUGCUGCGAGGGGAGGAGGUGGUGGUGAUGGGCACGUUCAAUGAUCUCGAUGGGGACCUCUCCGCAGAUUUGGAUGUGGAGAAUCUGGACCCGGUGUCACGAGUGAUGCAGAUCAUCAAGGACGCCACGUCAGAGCGUCUGAUCAACGUGGCGGCGGCGCUACCGUCUGAGAAGCGGCAGAUAGCGGCACAGCAGACCAACUUCAUCCUGAUAUCGCAGCACCUGACUGACGCCAUCAGCGUGGAGAUGCCGCAUGUGAAAGGCAUGCCCAACAGCAGCAGCCCUGCUGGCGCCGGUGGUACCAGCAGCAACAGCACACUCACCAGCGAUUCCGCCUCAGAUAAUUCCUCUGCCCCUGCACUGACCACAGCAGCAGCAGCAGCAGCAGCAGCAGCAGCGGCAGCAGCAGAUUCUGCUGAUUCGUCCUCAAGAGUAGGAGCGGGGGAGAAUGGUGCUGCUGGUGGUGACAACGGCAGUGGCGAGAGCAGCAGCCAAGAGAGUUCAGGAUUGAGCGGAGGAGCGGUGGCAGCGAUUGUCUUUUUCGUGAUCAUUGGAUUGGCUGUUGGUGCUGCUGCCGCUUUCUGGUGGCUCGGGGGUGCUAAGCUGCUUCAGAAGGAGUCGUUUAAGCGUAAGGGCAUGAACAUGUUUGUUGUUGGUGCGGGGAAACACUGGAAGCUGGGAAAGAAGAAAGGGCAUGGAGGAGGAGGAGGGAUAGGGGGGGAUGGAGAUGGGGGGUCUGAAAGUGGGGAGUUGGCAAAGGAGGAGGGGGGUGGAUACAGUGGGGAGGACAGUGGGAAGGAUGGGGAAGCUGCAGGGGUAAAGCCAAAGAAAAAGUCGUUCAUGUCGGGGUAUAAAGUGUGGAAACCCAUGGAUGCGUCGCGGUUUGUGCCGUCUCGACCAGUCAUGGCGCCUCCCUUCCAGAGCUUCCUAACAUCUCAACCGGGAUCUCCAAUAAUUGAUAACCCCGUUCCACUGUCCCGGAGGGCAGGGUGGGAUGAUAAUGAUGAUGACGACGAUGAUGAUAACUGGAGCCCCCCGCGAUUUGCUCUCCUGGAGCCACGCACUGGCUUGAGGGAGUUUAGUCAAUAG